CACACACACGCACACACACACACAAAACAUCCCUGAUUGUCUUGCCGAGGUAAAUUCAGACUUAUACAGUUUAUUUAGUACAUUAAAUUGUCUAUAUAGAGUGAAAAUAGAGUUAAAGGCCGUGAGAGCAGCGGGUGUGUGGGCGCCUCGGCCGGACCUUUAUAGCCUACCUCCCUGGCCGGCCCAGCAGUCGCUCUGUGUUGUCCGGUGUCAGCUGGUUACGUCCCAGGCAUUAUGGCGCUCUCUAACCCUUGCCGGCUGGCCCUUGGCAAAAACAAGCUCUGGACUCCACAUGUGUACUCCAGGGCAAGCUCAUGGUGGUCUGGGGUGGAGAUGGGGCCCCCAGACGCCAUCCUGGGUGUGACUGAGGCCUUCAAGCGGGACACUAACCCAAAAAAGAUAAACCUUGGAGUGGGUGCCUACCGAGAUGAUAAUGGCAAGCCUUUUGUUUUGCCCUCAGUCAGGAAGGCUGAAGAAUUUAUUGUCAGCCAAAAGUUGGACAAAGAAUACUUGCCCAUAUCAGGCAAUGCUGAAUUUUGCAAGGAAGCAAUCAAGCUGGCACUUGGUGACAACAAUCCAGUACUUGCUGAUGGACUGAAUGUGACAGUUCAGGGAAUUUCUGGAACUGGUGCCCUCAGGAUUGGGUCUGCCUUUCUGUCAAAGUUCUUCCCAGGUCCAAAGAAUGUGUGGUUACCAAGCCCAACAUGGGGCAACCAUGUGCCCAUCUUCAAGCAUGUUAACAUGGAUGUUCAGCAUUAUAGAUAUUACGAUCCCAAGACCUCCGGUUUUGAUUUCGCUGGAGCGCUGGAAGAUAUAUCAAAAAUACCAGAGGGAAGCUUGAUUAUGCUGCAUGCCUGUGCCCACAAUCCAACUGGUGUUGAUCCCAAGCCUGAGCAGUGGGAUGAAAUGAGCAAGAUCAUUAAGGAUAAGAAGCUCCUACCCUUCUUUGAUAUGGCUUAUCAGGGCUUUGCAUCUGGAGAUAUUGCUAAAGAUGCCUAUGCUGUUAGAAAGUUCUUGGAAGAUGGCCACAGAAUUUGCUUGUCACAGUCUUUCUCCAAAAACAUGGGAUUAUAUGGUGAGAGAGCUGGAGCAUUCUCAAUUAUAUGCCAUGACAAAGAUGAAGCUGCACGUGUCAUGUCUCAGGUGAAGAUUCUCAUCAGACCCUUGUACUCCAAUCCCCCACUUCAUGGUUCACGCAUCGUUGCAACAAUCCUCACAAACCCUGAGCUCUGUGCCAUCUGGGCAGAGGAUGUGAAAGGUAUGGCUGAUCGCAUCAUUUCCAUGAGGGAGAAGCUGAAAUCCAAUCUUGCCAAAGAGGGGUCUGUCAAGGAUUGGUCCCACAUCACUGACCAGAUUGGCAUGUUCUGCUUUACUGGAAUGACACCACAGCAGGUGGAGAAGCUGACAAAUGAGUACUCUGUUUACCUUACCAAAGAUGGACGCAUCUCUGUAGCAGGUAUUGCUACCACAAAUGUUGAAUACCUUGCUCACGCUAUGCACCAAGUCACGAAAUAGUGCAGCAGUACAGUGUUGGGAGUGCUUUCCUUAGAAAAUGUUAAUAUGUGUAAUUGGUCUAGGUGAAGUGCUGUAAAAUAUGUAUACAUAUGAUAAUUCUGUAGGUUAUUGUUGAUGAAAAUGUAGUAAUAUAAAGAGAAAAAACCUGGUGUAAUGAAUUCAGUCAUUAAUAAAAAAAAUUAAGGUUAAAA